UACAUAGAAUUUACCGUGAACAGUAAAGAACAAGAAAAAAAAAUUACAAAAACACACAUACACAAACAUAUACGAGAAAACAAAAUAGCUCCUAAAUGGAAUUUUGUUUUUUAACCGUUUAAAAAAAGAAACAUAGACAAUUUUGCCAAGUAGAAACUAAUUGCGAAAAUAAAAACACACAGGACUACUGCAUAUUUUUCUCCAGUUUUUAAAUUUUAGACGUAGUAUUGUGUGCAAUGCCGUUCCACGGUUCUUCUUUUUUUAAGUUAAUAUGUUGCGUAUUCUUUUGAGAGAGCUUCAUUCGUAGCUUAUAAUUGCAUAAACAUCGUGUGUGCAUAGUGAAACCACAUAAAUUCAUCAUCAACAAUUAUUAUAAUAUACAUUGUAUUUAUUAUUCGUAAGCUCUUCACUGUGUAUACUGUGAACAAACAAACGCAUGAGUGAACAUCGAAUACUACAUCCAAAUUGCUACAUUUCUUAAACAAUGUGUAACCGAUUGUGGUAGACCAUAGUUCUCAUCAACAACAGAAUAAAAAAUACGUUGUAUUUAAUCGAUAGAAUUUUGCGCGUAUUUCGUACAUUGAUGAAAACAAGUACUUUAAUUAUUUGAUAAAAAUCCCAACAAAUUGUUUAAAUAAACUUUUAUAUACCGACCAUCAAUGAUAUAUUCAAUUAAAUAUUUAGCAUGUAUUCGAACAAAUGAGUGCAGAACAUCAACAAUGGAUUGGAUAAAUAAAAUCUACGUUUGGUUCAAUUAUCGCUGAAUUUGCGUUAACGUGGAACAUUUAUCGAAAAACUGUGUAUUGGUGAUAAUUUAGUGAAAAAGAGAAAAAAAAGAGCAUAAACGUACCACAAAGCCGUAGGGAGAGACUAAUUAUUUGACGAGACACUAUAAAAAAAAAGUUUUUGUUCACGUGUUCAUUAUUGGCAACAUAAAACCUUAAUUUUACCUAAUGGACGCGUAUGUGCAUGAUUAAAAGUAAUUUUCGUGCGAAAAUCAAAUAUAUAUAUACAAAAAUAGCCAAAUCAUGAAACAUAAGUGACAUGUAAAAGCAAGAAACUUUGAUUUGGAUAUCGUUGCCACAUACCAUAACAUUUCAGAUCAUAUUUUUUGCCUAACUUAUUUUUGAUAAAACACAUUAAUGUUGAUAAGACACAGAGUCAUAUGAUUAAACAACAUUCAUUGUGGGAACAAUUUUGAACUGAACUUUUACCAUGAUAUUCAUCGUUGGACUUAAUAAUCACAAUAAUCUUGCUAUGGAGAGUACAACUAUCUUGGGAGCGAUUUUCGGACUCGUUGCUUUGAUAUUGGUAUUUUUACUAUAUGUGAAUCGCAGAUGGUGCUUUCAUACAACACCCUCAUUCGCAUGUUGUGACGAAAAUUCAAUACCAUCAAAAUAUGUUCAUAAAAUGGCACGCAAGCGUCCGCAUGAAGGAUACACCAGUUCGGAUUCAGAAGAGGAGCUUUUACGUCGAUUGCAAAUGCAACAGUCGAGUAGCCUUCACAGUGGCCAAUUGUCAGUGGCUAAAUAUGGUGCUGGACCACUUAAUGAGAAUUUAAGUAGUUUGAAACGUAUCACCGUUGCAACACACAGAGAACGGUUUAAUGAUCCAUUGGGUGUCGCUGAACGGGGCAAAGUUGGCAUGCCACCAUCAAGCAGUGAAUGCAGUUCAAAUAGUUCGGCUGAUGCAUCGGUCGAAAGUAAUAUGGGCAUUUUGCAUGGCGAACGAAAAGAUCGUCGACUGAUUAUGUCAGAUGCAGCCAAAUCAUUUGAUUCAAAUUCAUCGUCAACGACCUUAAAGGAAACUAGAAUAGAUAAUCGUAUCGAAUGUAGUAGUAGUUUAACAUCCAAAAAAUUCCACAAAAGGGCAUUACAGCGACAAGAUAGUAUAGAUCAGGCGCAAAACAUUAGUAAUAAUAAUCAAGAUUGCAUUGUAGUUUUAUCUCAAGAACCACUUUUUGAUACAAGCGAUUUGGCAUCGGUUAAAUCGGAUAUCGAUAUAAAUCGCCCACAAUCACCAUCAUCGACGAUGGGCCGAUACGGUAGCGUUGAAAUAUCACUUCUGUAUGAUGCACCAAUGCGAAAAAUGACCGUACAUGUUUUACAAGCACGUGGCAUCCCAUGCCAUAAAGGUCAACCAACACAUACACAAGUACGUCUUCUUAUUCUGCCGAGUAAGAAACAAAAACAUAAAACGAAAAUACGCACAGGAGAAAAUCCACAAUUUAUGGAAAGCUUUUUAUUACACCGUGUCAAUCCCGAAGAAGUAAAUUCAAUGGGUUUACGUAUCAGAGUCUAUGGCUGUGAACGAAUGCGGCGUGAACGCCUGAUUGGCGAAUCGAUAGUUAGUUUUGCAACGAUUGAUCUUGAAUUAGAGACAAAUCUAUGGUUACCAUUAGAGUCUAGAGCCAAUUCAACGUUGGGUGGCUCGACAAGCGAAACACGUACCGGUUUAGUUACUUGCGAUUUGUUAAGUUUGGCUCGAUCGGAUAGUACAUCUUCAACGACAUCGAUGCAACACGGCGGUGUUCCGGAGCUGUUGUUAGCACUCGCCUACAAUGGUACAACUGGUCGUUUAACGGCUGAAAUCGUAAAAGGUAGCCAUUUUCGUAAUAUCACUCUGAAUAAAGCACCCGACACGUAUGUGAAAUUAGUGUUGGUCAGUAGUAUGGGUCAGGAAAUGGCCAAAGCAAAAACAUCCACAAGAAGAGGUCAACCGAAUCCGUUGUUUAAAGAAUCGUUUGCAUUCCAAGUAGCACUAUUUCAAUUGAAUGACGUAACAUUAAUGGUGUCCAUAUACGCCAAACGAAAUAUGAAAAAGAAUGAGAUGGUUGGUUGGUUUAGCCUUGGAUUGAAUUCAUCGGGACCGGAAGAGAUGGCUCAUUGGAUUGAUAUGAGAAAAGCGACACGCGGUGAACUAUUGGCACGAUGGCAUGUGCUUGUUGAUUCCUGAUUUCAAUAGCUAGGACUCUCACCUCGGCGUCUAAGCAUCAAUCUUGGCGGCAAUUCAGAGCACUCAAAACAAAAACGAAAAUCAAAGGAGAAACGACACAGCACCAUUGCCGUUGAUUUAGAGCCGGGGGAGUUUGAGUUCAAUUUUGUGUGAAUUUACUAUACAAACACACAUACAAACACACACCCACACAUGUGUGAGUUUCUCAUUUUUUUAAUUAUCAAAUGCAACAUUUCUUUUAGCUAGGUAAAUUUAUUGACAAUUUGAUUCGAAUCAAUAAUAUAAUAGAUAAUUUUGUGUGCAUUCAACUGAACUAUUGAAUCACAAUUUGUACAAAUUGGUACACAAAAAAUAGAGGAUUGAAUUCUCUAAAUUUGUUUGGAUUUUUACGUCUACGAAUGAGGCGCAACCGUCACAAUUUUUGUCGAUGGAUAUUUUCGGUUUUCUUUGGUAAACGAGAAUGAAAAAAAAAAACAACAACAACAAAAUCUCGUAUAAAAGCUUUUAAUAAUAAACAACAAAAUAUUAGAACAUUCGAUUUAAUAAAAACAAAAUGAAAAUAAAUAAGCCAUACGAUCAAUUCAACAAUAUAUAGAUAAUGCAAACAAUUUGCUUUUUGUAUUUUUCAAAACCAUUUAAUAAACAAAGAAUUUGUAGCGCGAAACGGUUUACUAAAUUCUUUAACUAACUCUUGACUGAGCUCAUACAAUUAGAUCGAAUACCGUAGCAAUUGGUUCGUGAAAAAGGAAACAUUAUGCACGAAGUAAAUGGAACAUGUUGGACAUUUAUGACGAUAUGUUAUUGUCGAAUGAGAGCUUUUUUUCUCGAACUUAGAGCAGUUAUGUAUGCUAUUGAAUUGUUUUUCUUUUCUGAAUAUGCACCGUUACGAAUGAUUGUACAACAAUAAGAAAUUUAACAUGUAAACCGAUUGCCGCGAAUGAAAAAAAAAACGAAAGAAAAAUACACAUAGGAUUUCUAUAUUUCAAGUAGAACGCCCACGUAGUUCGAAUUUCUAGUUAUAUUUGGUAUAAGAAACAGUUUUGUUUCACAAUUAAACAUUAAACAUGAACCCAUUUCAAAAUGAAAUGUUUUGCAUCCAACUGUAUUUGGAAUUGGAUUAAAAUGAAAGAAUAUUAAACAAAAAAAAAAUAAUUUUAACAAAACAGAAUUAAGCAUAAAUUUCUUGAUCAAAAACCGUCAAAUCAACGGCGUCAAAGAGACAUCAUACUCAUAUGAAAUGUUGAAAUUAUAUUGUUGUUGUGAAUUAAUGAUUCGGAUUUAUUUAUCGAUGGCCUUGAUUUAUCAAGUAUGGUGAAAAUACACAAGAAAAUCGCACAAAACACAUUUAAUUUUUAAUAAUUAACUAAAAUAAACUAACAACAAAAAAAAAUGGAAUGACCAAAUUACAAAUGAAUUUUGAGGAUACAUUUUAUUGAAGCAUAUCAAUGAAACGCAUAAAACUAUAUAACGAGAUAUAUUUGAAUAUUAAUCAGUAACAUACAAAACACACUAAACUCAAACACAUACACGCAUUAACACAUAAAUGAGUGGAUGACAUAACGCCCUGCACUUAACAACGGACGAUUAAAAAAAACACAUAAUCUUACUGGCAGUCCGUGUGGGGUUUUAUGAUCGUUAUUCAGAUAAAUGGUGCUACUGUACACUGACCAAUGCAAGCAACAAAUCCGCGGCCAUUUGGUCCGAAAAUCAAAAAUUGUCGACGUUGUUUCAGCUUGUGAUGUGUGUAUGUGAUUUUUUGCCAAGCAACUUGAAAUGAAAUACUCUAUUUUUCAUUUUCAAAAGAAAGAAUUUAAUUAUAUAUUAUAAAGAAUAAAUAGAAUAUUUAAAUAUAUUUGCCAGAAAUGAAAAUCAAUCUACUUUUGAUAGUUUUCUUUCUUGAUUGUUUUUUUUUCUCUGUCGGAUGAGAGAGCUGGCUCGAUAUGAUGGCCAAAGUUCAAAGCACAAUUUCGAAAUUAAUUUAAACAAAGAUUGACUAAUUAGCCUGUAAGAAACUGAAAAUCAUUCAAAAAUGAGAAUAACAAACAACACAUU